AUGAAUUCAGCAUUUGGGACUAAAUAUAAAUUACAGUCUAAGAAGGGAGAAACAAGAUUUUUACAGAUAGAUUUGACUAAAACAAAUACAGUGAUUCCUAAGAUCAUUCAGUGGAAGGAUAUAGCAUUACCAGAUGAGUGGAUUUUAGAAGGUACAGUACCUCCACCAGAACAAGAAAAGGUAAAACCAAAUACAAAUUUGAGUAAGAUAGAGCAGUUUGAAGAUGACAAAGUCUCAUUAAAGUUUAAUAGAAGUGCAAGUAGUAGAUAUACAGGAUCAUCAUCUUCAGUAGUAACAGAAGAUAUAGGAAGAGCAUCAAAUAUACAAUCAGUAAUAUAUGCAACCUAUAGAGAAGAUGAAUCUAAACCUCCUAAGAAGGGAGAAACAAGAUUUUUACAGACAGAUUUGACUAAAACAAAUACAGUAAUUCCUAAGACCAUUCAGUGGAAGGAUAUAGCAUUACCAGAUGAGUGGAUAUUAGAAGGUACAGUACCUCCACCAGAACAAGAAAAGUGGCGGAGCCAGGCCCUUCACUUUGGUAGGGCACCACCGCCUCCAGUGCACUCCCCACCUCCACUAGUCCCCUCACCUCCACCACCGGUGCUUUCUCCUUCUCCACCAGUCCAAUCUCCUCCCCCACCACCCCCAGUGCGAUCCCCACCUCCACCUAUCCACUCAUCACCGCCGCCGCUGCCUCCAAUGCACUCCCCACCUCCACCAGUCCCCUCACCUCCACCACCGGUGCUUUCUCCUCCUCCACCAGUUCAAUCUCCUCCCCCACCACCCCCAGUGCAAUCCCCACCUCCACCUGUCCACUCACCACCACCACCACCUCCAGUGAACUCCCCACCUCCACCACCGGUGCUUUCUCCUCCUCCACCGGUUCAAUCUCCUCCCCCACCACCCCCAGUGCAAUCCCCACCUCCACCUGUCCACUCACCACCACCACCACCUCCAGUGAACUCCCCACCUCCACCAGUCCCCUCACCUCCACCACCGGUGCUUUCUCCUCCUCCACCAGUCCAAUCACCUCCCCCACCACCCCCAGUGCAAUCCCCACCUCCACCUGUCCACUCACCACCACCACCACCUCCAGUGCACUCCCCACCUCCACCAGUCCCUUCACCUCCACCACCGGUGCUUUCUCCUCCUCCGCUGCGGCACCUUCAUCCCCUUCAAAGUAUUUUCCGGUCGCCGGUACGGCACGUGCCCCCCCUUGCCGUACCGUCCCUCCGCCCCUGUAUAAAUGGUUUUUAA